GUACUAAAUGUAUUUUGAGUCUAGGGUUGUCAUCAAAGAGUUGUGUGACCAUAUGCUUUGUCCUAUGGUUUUUUAAUCACUUUACAAAAAAGGCAUUCCUCUCCCAUUUGUUAAAAGGUAAAAAGAUUUAUUUAAAGAUCUGUAUGUUUCCGAAACUGGGUAGAAUUUUAUUUUUGGCUCACACAAUAAAUGAUCUGCAACUGAUCUCUUUUGUUUCUCAUUAAAAAAGUGUUUAGAAAUUUCUUAGCUUAAAAAAAAAGUUUGUUUAAAUGAAGUUGCCAAAUCCAUGUUUAUAAUGAAUGUCUACCUUUUUGCCUCUGAAUCAAAGACAUUGAAAUUAGUCCCUCUGAACAUAGUAGAUUCAAGCUUAUACAAAAAGAAAAAAAAAAAAUGCAGAGAUCAGAGUCCGUAUAUUCUCCGGGUUAUAUGCUUGAGUGAGAUCAGGACACCAUCUCCCUCAUCACUCCAAUCCUAAGGGCUGUUGUUUCUCCCCCUAGAAUGGACUCAAUGCUCUCCAUCUGGCUGCCAAGGAAGGCCAUGUGGGCCUGGUUCAGGAGCUGCUGGGAAGAGGGUCCUCUGUGGAUUCCGCCACUAAGAAAGGCAAUACUGCUCUUCACAUUGCGUCUUUGGCUGGACAAGCAGAAGUUGUCAAAGUUCUUGUUAAGGAAGGAGCCAAUAUUAAUGCACAGUCUCAGAAUGGCUUCACUCCUUUAUACAUGGCUGCCCAGGAGAACCACAUUGAGGUUGUGAAAUAUUUGCUGGAAAAUGGGGCAAAUCAGAGCACGGCCACAGAGGAUGGCUUCACUCCUCUGGCCGUGGCCCUUCAGCAAGGACACAACCAGGCGGUGGCCAUCCUCUUGGAGAAUGACACCAAGGGGAAAGUGAGGCUGCCAGCUCUGCAUAUAGCAGCUAGGAAAGACGACACCAAGUCUGCCGCACUCCUGCUCCAGAACGACCACAACGCCGACGUGCAGUCGAAGAUGAUGGUGAAUAGGACAACAGAGAGUGGUUUUACCCCAUUGCACAUAGCUGCACACUACGGAAAUGUCAAUGUGGCCACUCUUCUUCUCAACCGGGGUGCUGCUGUGGACUUCACAGCCAGGAAUGGAAUCACUCCUCUGCAUGUGGCUUCCAAAAGAGGAAACACGAACAUGGUCAAGCUUUUACUGGAUCGAGGCGGUCAGAUUGAUGCCAAAACUAGGGAUGGGCUGACCCCACUUCAUUGCGCUGCCAGGAGUGGGCAUGACCAAGUGGUGGAACUUCUGUUGGAAAGGGGUGCCCCCUUGCUGGCAAGGACUAAGAAUGGGCUGUCUCCACUUCACAUGGCUGCACAGGGGGACCACGUGGAAUGUGUGAAGCACCUGCUACAGCACAAGGCCCCCGUGGACGACGUGACCCUAGACUACCUGACGGCCCUCCAUGUUGCCGCACACUGUGGCCACUACCGCGUAACCAAACUCCUCUUGGACAAGAGAGCCAAUCCAAACGCCAGAGCCCUGAAUGGUUUUACUCCACUGCACAUUGCCUGCAAGAAAAACCGCAUCAAAGUCAUGGAACUGCUGGUGAAAUAUGGGGCUUCAAUCCAAGCUAUCACAGAGUCUGGCCUCACACCAAUACAUGUGGCUGCCUUCAUGGGCCACUUGAACAUUGUCCUCCUUCUGCUGCAGAACGGAGCCUCUCCAGAUGUCACUAACAUUCGUGGGGAGACGGCCCUGCACAUGGCAGCACGAGCGGGGCAGGUGGAAGUGGUCCGGUGCCUCCUGAGAAACGGUGCCCUUGUGGAUGCCAGAGCCAGGGAGGAACAGACACCUUUGCAUAUUGCCUCCCGCCUGGGUAAGACAGAAAUUGUCCAGCUGCUUUUACAACAUAUGGCUCAUCCGGAUGCAGCCACGACCAAUGGGUACACGCCACUCCACAUCUCUGCCCGGGAAGGCCAGGUAGACGUGGCGUCAGUCCUCUUGGAAGCAGGAGCCGCCCACUCCUUAGCGACCAAGAAGGGCUUCACUCCCCUGCACGUCGCGGCCAAGUAUGGAAGCCUGGAUGUGGCAAAACUUCUCCUGCAACGCCGUGCUGCCGCGGACUCCGCGGGGAAGAACGGCCUUACCCCGCUCCAUGUCGCUGCUCACUAUGACAACCAGAAGGUGGCGCUGCUGUUGCUGGAGAAGGGUGCUUCCCCCCAUGCCACUGCCAAGAAUGGCUAUACUCCUUUACAUAUUGCUGCCAAGAAGAACCAAAUGCAGAUAGCUUCCACACUCCUAAACUACGGAGCAGAGACUAACAUCGUGACUAAGCAAGGAGUGACUCCACUCCACUUGGCCUCGCAGGAGGGCCACACAGAUAUGGUCACUUUGCUUCUGGAAAAGGGAGCCAAUAUCCAUAUGUCAACCAAGAGUGGACUCACGUCCUUACACCUCGCAGCCCAGGAAGACAAAGUGAACGUCGCAGAGAUUCUCACCAAGCACGGGGCUGACAAGGAUGCUCACACAAAGCUUGGUUACACUCCUUUAAUUGUGGCUUGUCACUAUGGAAACGUGAAAAUGGUCAACUUUCUUCUGAAGCAGGGAGCAAAUGUUAACGCAAAAACCAAGAACGGCUACACACCGCUGCACCAGGCCGCCCAGCAGGGCCACACGCACAUCAUCAACGUCCUGCUCCAGCACGGGGCCAAGCCCAACGCCACCACCGCGAAUGGCAACACCGCCUUGGCGAUCGCGAAGCGUCUGGGCUACAUUUCGGUGGUGGACACUCUGAAGGUUGUGACAGAGGAGGUCACCACCACCACCACGACUAUCACAGAGAAACACAAGCUAAAUGUUCCUGAGACAAUGACUGAGGUUCUCGAUGUUUCCGAUGAAGAGGCCUUUAAACAGUUUGGUGACCACUUUAUUGAUGGGGAAGCACUUAGUGACUCAGGUGACGACACGAUGACAGGUGAUGGGGGAGAAUACCUUAGGCCCGAGGAUCUAAAAGAACUGGGUGAUGACUCGCUGCCCAGCAGCCAGUUCCUGGAUGGUAUGAAUUACCUGCGCUACAGCUUGGAGGGAGGCCGAUCCGACAGUACCAUGCCCAGCCUUCGGUCCUUCAGUUCCGACAGGUCUCACACCCUGAGCCAUGCCUCCUACCUGCGGGACAGUGCCAUGAUUGACGACUCGGUUGUCAUCCCCAGUCACCAGGUGUCAACUCUAGCCAAGGAGUCUGAAAGGAAUUCUUAUCGUCUAAGCUGGGGCACUGAGAACUUAGACAACGUGGCUCUUUCUUCCAGCCCUAUUCAUUCAGGCCGCUCCUCUCCAUGUCUUGAUCGUGACAACAGCAGUUUUCUGGUUAGUUUCAUGGUGGACGCCCGAGGGGGCGCCAUGCGGGGGUGCAGACACAACGGGCUCCGGAUCAUUAUUCCGCCUCGGAAAUGCACCGCCCCGACGCGAGUCACCUGCCGGCUGGUCAAACGCCACCGACUGGCCACGAUGCCGCCCAUGGUGGAAGGAGAAGGACUGGCCAGUCGCCUGAUUGAAGUUGGACCCUCUGGUGCUCAGUUCCUUGGUAAACUUCACCUGCCAACGGCUCCUCCCCCACUUAAUGAGGGAGAAAGCUUGGUCAGCCGCAUCCUUCAGCUGGGGCCUCCUGGAACCAAAUUCCUUGGGCCGGUCAUCGUUGAGAUCCCUCACUUCGCGGCCCUUCGAGGAAAGGAGAGGGAGCUCGUGGUCCUGCGCAGUGAGAAUGGGGACAGCUGGAAAGAGCAUUUCUGCGAAUACACGGAAGAUGAACUGAAUGAAAUUCUCAACGGCAUGGAUGAAGUGCUGGAUAGCCCCGAAGACCUAGAAAAGAAGCGCAUUUGCCGGAUCAUCACCCGAGACUUCCCGCAGUACUUCGCGGUGGUGUCGCGCAUCAAACAGGACAGCAACCUGAUCGGCCCGGAGGGAGGCGUGCUGAGCAGCACGGUGGUGCCCCAGGUGCAGGCCGUCUUCCCGGAGGGGGCCCUAACCAAGCGGAUCCGCGUGGGCCUACAGGCUCAACCUAUGCACAGUGAACUGGUGAAGAAGAUCUUAGGCAACAAAGCGACCUUCAGCCCCAUCGUCACUUUGGAACCUAGAAGAAGAAAAUUCCACAAGCCAAUUACCAUGACCAUCCCUGUCCCCAAAGCUUCAAGUGAUGUCAUGUUGAAUGGGUUUGGGGGCGACGCACCAACCUUGAGAUUACUAUGCAGCAUCACAGGUGGAACCACCCCGGCUCAGUGGGAAGACAUCACAGGAACUACGCCAUUAACAUUUGUCAAUGAAUGUGUUUCCUUUACAACCAAUGUGUCAGCCAGGUUCUGGCUGAUAGAUUGUCGACAGAUCCAAGAAUCCGUUACCUUUGCCUCACAAGUGUAUAGAGAAAUUAUCUGUGUACCUUAUAUGGCCAAAUUUGUGGUGUUUGCCAAAUCGCAUGACCCCAUCGAAGCCAGGUUGAGAUGUUUCUGUAUGACUGACGAUAAAGUGGAUAAGACCCUCGAGCAGCAAGAGAACUUUGCUGAGGUGGCCAGAAGCAGGGAUGUGGAGGUAUUAGAAGGAAAACCCAUCUAUGUUGAUUGUUUUGGCAACCUGGUGCCAUUAACCAAGAGUGGCCAACAUCAUAUAUUCAGUUUUUUUGCCUUCAAAGAAAACAGACUUCCUCUCUUUGUCAAGGUACGUGAUACAACUCAGGAACCAUGCGGACGACUAUCAUUUAUGAAGGAGCCAAAAUCCACGAGAGGCCUGGUGCAUCAAGCUAUUUGCAACCUAAACAUCACCCUGCCGAUUUAUACAAAGGAAUCAGAGUCAGAUCAAGAACAGGAGGAAGAGAUCGAUAUGACAUCAGAAAAAAAUGAUGAGACAGAAUCUACAGAAACAUCUGUCCUGAAAAGUCACCUGGUUAAUGAAGUUCCUGUCCUAGCAAGUCCGGACUUGCUCUCGGAAGUUUCUGAGAUGAAACAAGAUUUGAUCAAAAUGACCGCCAUCUUGACCACAGAUGUGGCAGAUAAGGCAGGUUCCAUUAAGGUCAAGGAGCUGGCGAAGGCUGCUGAGGAAGAGCCAGGAGAGCCUUUUGAGAUUGUUGAGAGAGUUAAAGAGGACUUAGAGAAGGUGAAUGAAAUCCUGAGGAGUGGAACCUGCACGAGGGAUGAAGGCAGGGCCCAGCACUCGCGCUCUGAGAGAGAAUUAGUGGAGGAGGAAUGGGUCAUUGUCAGUGAUGAGGAGAUAGCAGAGGCUAAGCAGAAAGCACCUUUAGAGGUCACCGAAUACCCAUGCGUAGAAGUUAGGGUAGAGAAAGAGACCAGAGUCACAGCAGAGACAGACUCAACAGGGCUAGUGAACUACCUUACUGAGGAUCUGAAUUCCUACGUGCCUCUUCACGAAAAGCAGCCACAGAAGGUUCGAGACUCGGCAGGGGGGAAGCGGGAGGCUCCGGCCGUUGGCAGGAGCUCUGAAAACAAAGGGAAAGAUCUCCCCCCAGAUGAGACACAGGGUUCACAGAAACAACUCAAACCAAGCUUAGGAAUAAAGAAGCCGGUAAGAAGGAAAUUAAAAGAAAAGCAGAAACAAAAGGAGGAAAAUGCCCAAGCAAAUGCAGAAAAACCAGAACUUAAAAAAUGUAGUUCAGAGGAGUCAUUAGAUGAAGACACAGGUUUAGCCCCCGAACCUCUUCCCACCGCGAAGGCCACGUCUCCUUUGAUAGAAGAAACUCCCAUUGGUUCCAUAAAGGACAAAGUAAAGGCCCUUCAGAAGAAAGUGGAAGAUGAACAGAAAGGACGGAGCAAGUUGCCCGUCAGAGUCAAAGGCAAAGAGGACGCGCCCAAAAAGGCCACCCCCAGGACCCACCCGCCGGCAUCGCCCUCCCUGAAGUCAGCGUCGCCCUCCUCUAAGGCAGAAAGACACACUUCCCUUUCCUCCUCUGCAAAAUCUGAAAGGCACCCCCCAGUAUCGCCAUCCAGCAAAACUGAGAGGCACUCCCCCGUGUCACCCUCUCCAAAAGCUGAGAGACAUUCGCCUGUGUCAUCGUCGAGUAAGACUGAGAAACACUCACCUGUAUCACCCUCGACAAAAACUGAAAGACACUCCCCUGUGUCAUCUACAAAAACAGAGAGACACCCCCCUGUUUCCCCCUCGGGCAAAACAGACAAACGCCCCCCUGUGUCACCCUCUGGGCGAACAGAGAAACAUCCACCGGUAUCACCUGGGAGGACAGAAAAACGCUUGCCUGUGUCACCUUCUGGAAGAACAGAAAAACAUCCGCCUGUAGCAACCGCUGGGAAAACCGAGAAGCACCUGCCUGUGUCACCAUCUGGGAAAACCGAGAAGCACCUGCCUGUGUCACCAUCUGGGAAAACCGAGAAGCACUUGCCUGUGUCACCAUCUGGGAAAACAGAGAAGCACCUGCCUGUGUCACCCUCUGGGAAAACAGAGAAGCACCCCCCUGUAUCCCCCACCUCAAAAACAGAAAGAAUCGAGGAAACCAUGUCUGUUCGGGAGCUGAUGAAAGCUUUCCAGUCAGGGCAGGACCCAUCCAAACACAAAACUGGACUCUUCGAGCACAAAUCGGCAAAGCCAAAGCAGCCACAAGAAAAGGGGAAAGUUCGAGUCGAAAAAGAAAGGGGGCAGGUGGCAACCCAAAAAGAAACACAGAAAACAGACAGUCAGACAAUCAAACGAAGUCAGAGAUUCGUGGUAACGGGAGCUCCAGAAUCCAAGAGAGGGUUCCGUGCUCCUUCCAUCGGGUUAAAGAGAGAAGAUGCAGCUGGAGAAAAGGAGAAAUUGCUCAGCCACAAAAUACCUGACCCUGUUCAGCCAGCACCUGAGGAAAAAAGCCACAGAGAGGGCGAAAUGCCCAAAGAGAAGAUGGCGGAUGAGCAGGGCGACAUGGAUCUCCAGAUCAGCCCUGACAGGAAGACCUCCACUGACUUCUCUGAUGUCAUCAAGCAGGAGUUGGAGGACAAUGACAAAUACCAACAAUUCCGCCUGAGCGAGGAGACCGAAAAGGCACAGCUUCACUUAGACCAAGUUCUCACCAGUCCUUUCAACACCACAUUUCCGCUGGAUUACAUGAAGGACGAGUUCCUUCCCGCCCUGUCUUUGCAGAGCGGCGCUCUGGACGGCAGUUUGGAAAGUCUGAAGCAGGAAGGGGUCGCAGGCUCUCCCUGCGGCAGCCUGAUGGAGGGGACCCCUCAGAUUAGUUCCGAAGAAAGCUAUAAGCACGAGGGCCUAGCCGAGACCCCCGAGACAAGCCCAGAAAGCCUUUCUUUCUCCCCCAAGAAAAGUGAGGAGCAAAUUGUGGAAACAAAGGAAACCACCAAGUUAGAGGCUCUGACAGAAAUCCAUUCAGAAAAAGAACCUCCCACAACCAAAGACGUUCCUGAGGGUUCUGAGGAGCAGGGCGCUGCAGUCACUGAGGGCUCAGAGCCCUCCCCUGAGGGUUUGCAGAAAGAGAGUGCUCCAGACCCUUCCACAGACACAUGCCCCAAACCAGAAGGCGAUUGCCCUGGCAGCUCUAGCAUGUCACUAGCAAAGGAAGUCCCCAAGGCAUCAACUGGGGAAGCCAUCUGUGAUGAAGGUCAGUCUGCAUGUGGUAGUUCAGCCCACAAGACACAAACUGUUAGUGCAGCUCAGGAACCCACAACCCCCUCGAAUGAGACAAAGGCCUCCCCCCUGCCUGAUGCUUCCGUAAAGACAGACACAGGUGCAGAACCAAAGCCUCAGGGAGCCAUUAGAAGUCCCCAAGGGUUAGAACUUGCACUCCCGAGUCGAGAUAGUGAAGUCCUCAGCCCUGUGGCUGACGAAUCCUUAGCAGUAAGCCACAAAGACUCUCUGGAAGCCAGCCCUGUGCUAGAAGACAACUCUUCACACAAAACUCCAGAUUCUCUGGAACCAAGUCCCCUGAAGGAAUCCCCCUGUCGUGACUCUCUUGAAAGCAGCCCUGUUGAACCAAAGAUGAAGGCUGGAAUUCUCCCAAGUCACUUUCCUCUUCCCACAGCUGUUGCCAAAACAGAACUUUUUACGGAAAUGGCCUCCAUGCGGUCCCGGCUACUCCGGGACCCUGACGGCAGUGCUGAGGAUGACAGUCUUGAACAGACGUCACUCAUGGAGAGCUCGGGGAAGAGCCCCCUUUCUCCUGACACCCCCAGCUCUGAAGAAGUUAGCUACGAGGUCACACCCAAAGCCACAGAUGCCAGCAUGCCAAAACCAGCUGUGAUUCAUGAGUGUGCAGAGGAGGAUGAUUCAGAAAAUGGGGAGAAAAAGAGGUUCACUCCUGAAGAGGAAAUGUUUAAAAUGGUCACCAAAAUCAAAAUGUUCGAUGAACUGGAACAAGAAGCAAAGCAGAAAAGGGACUACAAAAGAGAACCUAAACAAGAAGAGUCUUCAUCCUCUGACCCAGAUGCUGACUGUUCAGCAGAUGUAGAUGAACCAAAACCUGUGGGGAGAGUGGAGGGUGAAGGUGAUGUCCCUAUCUUGGUGACUUCAGAGAACAGAAAGGCUUCUUCCUCCUCAGAAAGUGAACCUGAAUUGACACAGCUGAAAAAAGGUUCUGACUCGGGCCUUUUGUCAGAACCAGUUAUUCGAGUGCAGCCUCCUUCUCCACUUCCAUCCUGCAUGGACUCCAAUUCUAGCCCAGAAGAAGUACAGUUCCAGCCUAUAGUUUCCAAACAAUAUACUUUCAAGGUGAAUGAAGAUACUGGGGAAGAAACAGGUAAAUCAGAAGAAGACAAAGACUGUGAAUCCCACCUAGCUGAAGACAGUCAUACUGCUCUCACUGGGGGCGCAGAUAGAUCUGAUGAGGAUCUAAACAGGGACACUGAUCAGCCAAAAAUUUGUGACGGUCAUGGAUGUGAGGCCACGAGUCCUAGUGGCUCAACCCCUCCUUUCUCUUCAGGCCUCCAGAGUUCACCUGGUGAUGAUGUUAAUGAACAGCUAGUCACUCAUAAAGAACCAUUAGCUCCCCAAAACACACAGAAAGAAGACACAGAAGGAGAAGAGCUCGGUGUUUCUAGAGUGAAAUCUCCACAAGUAGAUUGCCCCAGUGAAAGCUCUUCAUCUCUGUCCUCUUUGCCUCAUUGUCCAGUAUCUGAAGGAAAAGAAUUAGAUGAAGGCAUAGCCUCCACCUCUCCUACUACAAAAAUGGAGGUUACAAAAACUGAUGAAACACUUGAGAGCUUGCCAAAAGACUGCUCCACGCAGGAUUCAUCUGUUACUACUCAAACAGAUCGAUUUUCCAUGGAUGUUCCCGUGUCUGACCUACCUGAGACUGAUGAAAUCUAUGGCCCUCAAAUCACAAGCCCUUAUGAAAAUGUUCCUUCCCAAUCUUUUUUCUCUAGUGAAGAAAGCAAAACUCAAACAGAUGCAAAUCACACCACAGGUUUUCAGUCUUCUGAAGUGCAUUCUGUCACCAGCACAUCCUCUGUCGAAAAUGUAGUAAUGGCAACCUCAUCUAGUGGAACUGUUUCAGGCAAAGAAUCUAAUUUUGAAGGCCAGAACAUGAACAUAGAAUCCAAACAAGAUAGUACCUUAUGGAAAAUGCAAUCAGAUAUAGCCCCUUCAUCUUCAGAGCCCACCAUGCCAAAUAUACCCGCAGUUGUUGGUGAACAAAUAAGCAAAGUCAUCAUCACAAAAACUGAUGUGGAUUCUGAUUCCUGGAGUGAAAUUCGUGAAGAUGAUGAAGCUUUUGAGGCUCGAGUGAAAGAGGAGGAACAAAAGAUAUUUGGUUUGAUGGUAGACAGACAAUCACAGGGUACCACCCCUGACACCACUCCCGCUAGGACCCCAACUGAAGAGGGGACCCCAACAAGUGAACAAAAUCCAUUUCUCUUUCAGGAAGGAAAAUUAUUUGAGAUGACUCGAAGCGGUGCCAUCGAUAUGACCAAAAGGUCUUACGCAGAUGAAAGUUUCCACUUUUUCCAAAUUGGUCAAGAAUCCGGGGAAGAGAUUCCCUCCGAAGACAUGAAAGACAGGACUACUGGGGCAGAGCCUCCACAGCCGGAGACAUCAGCUGAGUCACUAGCACUUUCAGAAUCAAAAGAAACAGUGGAUGAUGAAGCAGAGUUACUUCCAGAUGACCUGAGUGAGGAAGUAGAGGAAAUAUCUGCUUCAGAUGCUCAACUUAACUCCCAGUUGGGAAUUUCAGCCUCCAUGGAGGAAACAUCAACAAAAGAGCCCAUUUUUGUAGGGGCUGAGGACCUUCCUACCACGCAAGUGGGUGAUACAGUUCCUCUGUCUGUUGUGAAGGGGACAUCUUGCCCCGAUUCCCCUGAACCGGUUGUAAAAGUCCAGUUGGAUUUUUCCACAGUCACCAGGUCUGUAUAUUCAGAUAGGGAUGAGGAUUCUCCCGACUCUUCCCCAGAGGAACAGAAAUCAGUGAUUGAAAUCCCUACUGCACCCAUGGAGAACGUGCCUUCUACCGAAAGCAAAUCCAAAAUCCCCGUAAAGACUAUACCCACUUCAGCCCCAGCACCUCCAUCUGCAGAAUAUGAGAGUUCACUUUCUGAAGAUCUAUCCAGUCUGGAUGAGGAAAGUAAAGAGGAUGAAGCAAAACCAAAGUCCAAAAUCCCCAUCAAAGCACCCGUCCAAAGAGUAGAGCAGCAGCUUUCACACCUAGAGUCGUCUCUCCAGGAGACAAUGGCUCCUCAGGGACAGGACAUGACGAGCAGAGCACCAGAUAAUAGAAGCCAAUCUGAAUCUGAUGCUAGUUCUUUGGACUCAAAACCCAAAUUCCCAGUAAAAACCAGAAGUUACACUGAGACAGAGACAGAGAGCUGCCUGGGGGAAGAGGAGUUUGAGUUAGAAUCCGAAGAAGGGGCCACAAGACCAAAGAUAUUUGCAUCCCGAUUGCCAGUUAAGAGCAGAAGCACCACAUCUUCCUGCAGGGGGAGCAUGAGUCCCACAAAGGAAAGUAAGGAACAUUUCUUUGACCUAUACAGAAACUCCAUAGAAUUCUUUGAGGAGAUUAGUGAUGAGGCUUCCAAGUUAGUGGAUAGACUUACACAAUCAGAAAGGGAACAGGAGUUAGUUUCAGAUGAUGAAAGUAGUAGUGCCCUGGAAGUUUCAGUAAUUGAAAAUCUGCCACCUGUUGAGACCGAGCACUCAGUUCCUGAGGACAUCUUUGACACACGGCCCAUUUGGGAUGAGUCCAUUGAGACUCUGAUUGAGCGCAUCCCUGAUGACAAUGGCCAUGACCAUGCUGAAGAUGCACAGGAUGAGCAGGAACGGAUCGAGGAGAGGCUGGCUUAUAUUGCUGAUCACCUUGGCUUCAGCUGGACAGAAUUAGCAAGAGAACUGGAUUUCACCGAGGAACAAAUUCACCAAAUUCGAAUUGAGAAUCCCAACUCCCUUCAAGACCAGAGUCACGCACUUUUGAAGUACUGGCUAGAAAGGGACGGGAAACACGCUACGGAUACCAGCCUCAUUGAAUGUCUCACCAAGAUCAACCGAAUGGAUAUUGUUCAUCUCAUGGAGACCAGCAUGGAGCCUCUCCAGGAACGCAUCAGUCACAGCUAUGCAGAAAUUGAACAGACCAUUACACUGGAUCAUAGCGAAGGGUUCUCAGUCCUCCAAGAGGAGCUAUCCACCGCACAGCACAAGCAGAAAGAGGAGCGAGCUGUCUCUAAAGGAAACGAGCCUUGCGAUCACCCUCCCAUCGUGUCCGAGGAAGACAUUUCUGUUGGUUAUUCCACCUUCCAGGAUUCCCUCCCCAAAACUGAUGGGGACAGCUCAGCAACAGGACUCAUUCCCCAAACUGAGAAGGAGCAAGUGCUACAGGAUUUCUCAGGGAAAAUGCAAGACCUGCCCGAAGAGUCCUCUCUUGAGCACCAGCAGGAGUACUUUGUGACAUCCCCAGGACCAGAAGUGUCAGAGACCCAAAAGUCCACGGCAGUACCUGGCUCUCCCAGCAAGACACCUGAGGACGUUGGUAGCCCCCCUGAGGAGGAGAGGCUGUACCCCCAGACGCCAGCACCCAGCGAGCGGGGAGACUCUCCCAUCGUGCAGGAGCCCGAAGAGCGCCCAGCGCGCGGGGACGAGAGUUCUCUGCAGAAGACGAGCCUUGUGAUAGUGGAGUCUGCGGAUGACCAGUCGCAGGCCUUGGAAAGACUCCAGGAAAAUACGGCCUUUGAAAAGGAGCUAACAGAGGAAUUAGGGGAGCUGGAGGCCAGCUCAGAUGAGGAGGCCAUGGUAACUACCAGGGUCGUCCGCCGGCGAGUGAUUAUUCAGGGAGAUGACAUGCCUGACAUUCCCCCGGAAACAGUCACAGAGGAAGAAUACAUUGACGAGCACGGACACACCGUGGUGAAGAAGAUUACUAGGAAAAUCAUUAGGCGGUAUGUGUCCUCUGAGGGCACGGAGAAAGAAGAGAUUAUAAUGCAGGGACUGCCGCAGGAGCCUGUCAGCAUCGAGGAGGGGGACGGCUACUCCAAGGUCAUAAAGCGCGUAGUAUUGAAGAGUGACAUCGAACAGUCAGAGGUGACUCUGUCUGAGCCCAGCGUUCUGUCCAGUCCGUCACAAUUUCAGGCUGAACCAGUGGAAGGCCGUAGAGUCAGCAAAGUUGUUAAAACAACUAUGGUCCAAGGAGAGAGGAUGGAGAAGCAUCUGGGGGAUUCUAGUUUAGCUACUGAUCUGCCUUCAGCCAAAGAUGACUUUGAAGAGGCUUUGAGUUACACAGGUAGCCACAUGAAAGUCCACUUCCCCAGUUUAGUAGAGAAUGAAAUCCUGAAAGAGGAUGGAUCAAUAAUUAAAAGGACAACCAUGAGUAAAGCCCGCACUCAGAAGAGGGCUGUGGUGAAGGACCAGCAUGGAAAACGCAUUGACUUGGAGCACCUGGAGGAUGUCCCCGAAGCGCUAGACCAGGACGCCCUCCAGCACGAUCUCCAGAGGCUCCUGCGACAUUUCUGCGAGGAGGACUUGAAGCCAGAGGCCAAAUGAGGGGCUGCCCAGUCCUCACGCCAGAAACCACACAUUCACUCAACAUGCAGCUUCCUCUUUCACUAGAGAAGUGACCUAACGAGCCUAAUUCGUGGGACACCCCAACACUUCCACUGUUAGCAAAGAUACUGCAUUUCGUUUUAGUUUUUCCCGCAUCCUCUUUAACUCUAAGCUGAUUUGUGACCAAAGAUAGCAUCCUUCAUUCCGGAUGCUGUAUCCACUACUCUGUUGUGUCUGUGCUAAGCUGGGGACUGGCCACCUCCAUGGUUCUUUGCUUCUGCCCAAGCUCCAUGAACAUCCAUUGAUCAGAAGAACUUCACCUGCAGACCUCUUCUCGUGACGACGUAUAGGAAUCCUUCAAAGGGAUGUCCAUGUACAAUGUAUAUAGCUGAAAUGCUCAGAUGAACAACAGAUUAAAAUUAAAACCACUGCCUAUCAUAACUACACUGGGCAUCAUGGAAUAAAAGGCCUCUAGAAAUUGCUGAACGAUGGUUAAUUGCGAUAUUGCUAACACAAUCGAAUGGUAAUACAGUUUUACUGCAAAAGAAGCACUUCAGACCUAUCAUGUCCUUAGAUCUUCCAGAGUAGCCAUUGCUCCUAGUUAAAGAUGGAUUCAUAACCUCAAAGAACGGUUCUAAGAAGCUACUGCUGGUGCUGGCCAGCCAUGCGUAUGACUCUUUCCGGCAACCACUCCAAGGGAGGGGAGGAAGGGAGGAGGAGAAGGAAACGAGGAGGUAUCCAGUUGCUAGCAGCUACGUCAGGUGACAUUCUAGCAUCUUCAGGUCUUUUAGAUUUUGGGCACGCUGGCAGGGUAUUUUAAAAGCUAUAACUACUGUAGUUUUCCAGUUUUCAUUGCUGCUUUAGCAAACCACACUGUCUUACUGGUGGUACUUUCUUCUGGCCACUGCACUGUAGAUAAUUCAUUGGAAACAAGAUUUACCCACGACAUAAAAGGUUAAAACUCCUUCAUUAUGUUGGAGUGGUUUCUUUUUUUUAUUUUUUUUUCUCCAGGUUUCUAUCUUCUCUAAUACCUGCAUGUGGCAUUUAAAAAUCAAAACCACAGUCAAAACCCCUCUUCUAAUCACAUUAAUGGUUUUCAUUCCCUCCCCACCCCACCCCAGAGUGAACACUUUUCACUUUCCAGCUGGGUCUGUUUUUCAGCUUGCAGACAAGAUUGAGAAAUCUUUGCAAAUUUGGUUUGGGUUAAAUUUUUUGGUUUAUUUAUUUGAAAUCCACACUCCCUUGGAAACUCUGAAGUGCAUUUGUGCACUUUUCUGUUUGUUUCAAAGAAGGGACUAUAACAAUCUGAGUGAUUUCCAUGUCCUAUUCCUUAUUCCUCUAGUGGUUGAAGCUGUGUAGCAUUUUAACAUAUAUAUAUAUUCACAAAUAUAUUCAUAUAAACAGUAUACAUUUUGAAUCAGUUAUUUGUUAAAGAAAGUAUAUUCAAUGAAGAUGAAAUUUAAAUUUAAAAAAAAAAAAAGAGUCUGUCCUCCAGGGAUUGAACAUUUUCCAAUUAUCUGGUCUUUUCCUGUUGUGCAAAAAUGACUCAUUGCUCCGACUGUCAAAAACAAAUGUGACAAACAAUGGCACUUCAUCAUUUAAAGUAAUGUUGCCAAGAGAAAAAAAUUUCCUGGGGAGGUUUCCCACAAGCCAAAUCUCCUAAGCCUCAAAUGCUAGCACUUUUUGGCAGUUGGAUAGGAAAUAAAACAUUCUUUGGCAGCCAAAAUGAGAGAGGCCCAUAGUGGAACUUUUUGAGACACCCUGUGGCCUCCUUGUCAAACCUUCACUGGAGCUCAAGAAAAGCAUUUCUGUUGUGUUAUUUGCAGUGCAGAUGAUGUCUGUGUAACAACAUAAUGGUUAUUCACCUUUUUUUGAUUUUGAUUUUUGCUGUGUUAUCAAAAAACUUGAAUACUGUGAGAAGAAGUGAAUUUUCAGUUGAUGAAUCAGCAUCUUGUUCCCAUGGUGAUAACACUAAUUGAAUAUAUCUAUGAGGGCAUGUAUUAGUUAAUGGAAAAAAAUACAACACUAACAAUACAUAGCUGCAAUGUGUACAAUGGCUGAUUUAAUUAAAUAAAAUGUACAAGUGUUAAAUGUG